AUGGACGAAGUAACUAUCAUAGAUGAGUGAUGCUUAACUGAAUCAAGACUGUAUUCAAUUUCAGAGGAAUACGGGACUCCGCUAUAUAUAUAUAACCAAAAAGUUAUUGAAAAUUCAAUAAAAUCAAUUCUUGAGUUUCCAAAUGCUUUUGGCUUGAAGGUAAGAUAUGCCGUCAAAGCGAAUUCAAAUUUAUCAAUUUUAAGAAUUUUUAAUAACUUAGGACUGCAUUUUGAUGCAAGCUCUGAGUAUGAAGUUGAAAAACUACUCUACUGCGGCGUUGAGCCUGAAAAGAUUUCACUUGUUUGUCAAGAACUGCCAACUGAUUUAAUGUCAACAAUUCAUAGUGGAGUUCAAUUUAUUGCGAGCAGCCUUCACCAAUUGGAGAUGUAUGCAGAGCUUUUUGCUUCAACAAGUGUGGGGAUUAGGAUUAAUAUAGGAAUGGGAUCAGGAAGUUUCUCAAAGACAACUGUUGGAGGGCCAUCUGCAAGUUUUGGAAUAUGAUACGAAUUGCUGGGAGAAGUAAAGGCUAUACUAAUUGCCCGAGAAUGACGCUAUUUGCGCCAUUCUCUGGCAAUACGGAAAAUCGGCUCCACACGGGAACGAUUUUCCACGUGUGGAGCCAUUUUUUCACAUGUGGAAGUCAGGAUUCUCACGUGUGAAAAAAAGGCUCCACAUGUGGAAAAUCUUUCCCGUGUGGAGCCAAUCCUCGGGAAUUUCUAUAUUUGUGAAGAACACUCAUUAACGAUUGAUAAAAUUCAUUGCCACAUAGGCUCUGGAAAUUAUCCCAAUAAAUGAGUCUUGGCAGCCGAGACCCUUUUAGGUCUGGUUGAAAAUCUCCCAGAUGUUAAAACUAUUGAUAUGGGAGGGGGAUUCAAAAUCUCAAGAUACAGAGAAAAGGAAACAGAGUGCGAUAUUUUGGAUAUUGGAAAUCGUGUCAAAGAAAAAAUAAUUGAUUUUUACAAUAAAACUGGAAGGCAAAUACAAAUUGAAAUAGAGCCAGGAACAUACCUUAUGGCCAGAGCAGGAAUCAUUUUAUGUAAAGUAAUUGAUAUAGCUAGAACCUCUGAGUAUGAAUUUGUGAAGCUUAAUACAGGAAUGACUGAAAUUAUAAGGCCAUGCCUUUAUGGAGCUUGACAUAAUAUCAUAACUUUACCAAAGAGAGAAAAUAAAAAAAAAUAUGUAUUUGUAGGCCACUGUUGUGAAUCAUCUGAUUUGAUAUCGCCUUCUUAUGGGAACGGUGAUAAAAUUGAUGAGAGAAUUAGCGGGGAAAUUAGAAUUGGCGAUUUAUGCAUUAUAAAAGAUGCAGGGGCUUAUUGUAUGCUGUAAUAAAUAGAUAAUAUCUAACUUAGAAGCCAUAAUUCUAGAACGAGGGCUGGUCUAUGAGUGAGAUAUUCUGUUAGUAUUAAUUUCCAGCAGAAUAGUUCUAUGUGCACUAAAAAUUAUAACUUCUUUCCUGAAAGUGCAGAGUUGUUACUAAAUAACGAAGAGAAUAUAUUGAUAAGAAGAAAGCAGACAUUCGCACAGAUGAUCCAAAAUGAAGAUUUUUACUAA